AUGGUGUUGAAAACCAAGAGAUCCACUACUGACGAACAUGAUUUUUCAAAGAAAACCAAAGCCAAUUUUGAGCUCAAACACGCCUUUCACUCAGUCAAAUCUCAAAUCCCUUUAAACCAUUGCCUAUGGCUUUUCAUUACCAUAUUCCUUCAGAUCCUCAUCCUCUUCUUCCUCAUCGGCUCCUAUCCGCCGCACCCUCCGCCGUCAAACACCCAACAGUUGUUCGCUCUCGACCCCGACUGCCAAUCCGGUUACGUUUACGUCUACGAUCUCCCCGCAACAUUCAAUACGGAGUUCAAUGACGAAUGUGAUGAAUUAGACCCGUGGAAAUCACGCUGCAGCGCGGUUUCCAAUGGUGGGUUCGGGCCUAGAGCUACUGGGCUCGAACGCGUUGUACCAGCAAAUCUUACUCUAACUUGGUACUGGACUGACAUGUAUGCUGCUGAAGUAAUUUACCAUAACAGAAUGUUGAGUCACAAAUGCAGAACUUUGGAUCCAGAAAAAGCAUCGGGGUUUUACAUUCCGUUUUACGCUGGACUUGAUAUUGGUAAAUUCUUAUGGUUCAAUUAUACAGCUAAAGAUCGAGAUCGUAAAAGUGAAAUGGUUCUUGAUUGGUUAAAAAAGCAACCAACUUUUACUAGAGCUAAAGGAGUUGACCAUUUUAUUAUGCUCGGUAGAUUAACGUGGGAUUUUCGAAGAUUAAGUGAUAAAGAUUCAGAAUGGGGGUCCAGUUUACUUUACAUGUCGUUAAUGAAAAACGUUUUCCGUUUAUCCGUUGAGAAACAUCAGAACGAUGAUUUAGAAGAAAGUGUUCCUUAUCCUACAGCAUUUCAUCCAAGAUCAGAAUCCGACAUAGUACAAUGGCAAAAUUACAUUCGUAAUUACGAACGUACGAAGAUGUUUUCUUUCGUUGGUGCUAAACGUGAGAAAAUCAAGAAUGAUUUUCGUGGGGUAUUAAUGGAUUACUGUAAAAGUGAAGAAAAUUGUCGUGCCGUUGAUUGUGCAACCACCGUCUGUUCCGACGGAGCUCCGGCGAUUAUGGAAGCGUUUCUUGAUUCAGAUUUCUGCUUACAGCCAAGAGGUGACGGGUUGACUAGACGGUCAACGUUUGACUGUAUGUUGGCCGGUUCAAUUCCGGUUUAUUUCUGGAGAGGAACAUUUAAAGGUCAAUAUGAAUGGCAUUUGCCGUGGAUGUCUGAGACUUAUACUGUGUUUAUUGAUAAUGAUGAUGUGAGAGAUACAAAUGGGUCAUUGAUUUUAAAGGUAUUAGAAGGUAUUCAUAAAGAUAAGGUAAAAGAAAUGAGAGAAACUUUGAUUAAUCUGCUUCCUAAGUUUGUUUAUGCGAGAUCAGGUGAAGGUAUAGGAGGUGUAAAAGAUGCAUUUGAUACUAGCAUUGAUAAAGUAUUGAAGAGGUUGAAGUCUCGUAGAGAUCAACUUUUUUCACGGAGUCAAAGGAUAUUUUGA